AAAGCAAGAUGGUGGUUGAGGAAGAAAAUAAGUGCAAAACCUCCGGACCAAGGAUUGGGGAGAAGAUAUACCCGGCUGGCAGACGGGGCUCUGCUAGUGACGAGCUCUGCCAGACUGCCGGAUGUAAAUUUAUGGAAAUUGAUGGGUGAUUUCAACCUUCAUGGAAUUACGGCUCCAGAGGAAUAUGGAGGACUCGGCCUUGGUUAUUUAUACCAUUGUAUAGCUAUGGAAGAACUUAGCCGUGCCUCUGGAUCGGUUGGCCUUUCAUAUGGUGUACAUUCUAAUGUGUGCAUUAGUCAGUUGGUGAGGAAUGCAAAUCCUGAUCAGAAGAAAAAGUAUCUCCCAAAGGUUUCGAAAGCUAGAUUCUUAAUCUCUUACUUGUCUUCUGUUCAUCCUAUAUUUUUUAUGCAGGCAUAUGAUAUAUCUCUAGUUAUUAAAUGAUUUUUUGAAAUUGGAGACUUGCAAACUAGAUUCACGAAAUCUAGAUUGUUUUGUGGAGUUGUAGAAGUGGAGGCAGUCUAAUUUUGGAGAUAUGUGGCUUGCUGUUUGAACCACAUAGAUAAACAAUGAAAAUCACGACUCUGAUAUCGAUUGGUUAAGAAUUGUUUUGAAAAGGAACUAAAUCUAAAAUUUAAGAAACCAAAAGAAUUAAUGGAAGUAUGUCUAUUUGACUGUUAUAAAUGUCAAGCAUGUUUUGAGCAUUACUAAUUAAGAGUUCAUGAUCAAAUGUCUAUGUACUUAUGCUAAAUUAGAUUGAUACUCAGAUUAAAUGUUUCUUAUGGUUUACUAUUUAUUGGGUUAACAUAUAUAUUUUUGUAUGAUUGCAAUUAGUUUUUCAUUCAAUGUCAAUGAUGAUAUUACCUAUUUGGUGAAGAUGUGAAAAUUUGUUCAUGGUCUAAGAGUUUCGCUAUCUUGAUUUGGUGAAGCUGAUCAGAGGUGAGCAUGUUGGCGCUCUUGCUAUGAGUGAACCCAAUGCCGGAUCAGAUGUUGUUAGCAUGAAAUGCAGAGCUGAUCGUGUUGAUGGGGGUUAUGUUCUGAACGGGAAUAAGAUGUGGUGUACCAAUGGUCCUGUGGCACAAACACUGGUUGUUUACGCUAAAACGGAUAUUGCUGCUCGCUCAAAAGGAAUCACUGCUUUUAUCAUUGAGAAGGGAAUGGCAGGUUUCAGUACUGCCCAGAAACUAGACAAGCUUGGGAUGAGAGGAAGUGAUACAUGUGAACUUGUGUUCGAAAAUUGCUUCAUUCCUGAUGAGAAUGUGCUGGGGCAGGAAGGGAAAGGAGUUUAUGUUAUGAUGUCGGGCCUAGAUUUGGAAAGGCUUGUGCUAGCAGCUGGGCCUAUUGGGAUCAUGCAGGCUUGUCUUGAUGUGGCACUUCCAUAUGUCCGCCAGAGGGAGCAAUUCGGCAAGCCUAUCGGUGAACAUCAAUUUAUACAGGGGAAAGUUGCUGACAUGUAUACUGCCCUACAGUCCUCAAGGUCAUAUGUCUAUUCUGUUGCUAGGGACUGUGACAAUGGGAAGGUUGAUCCAAAGGAUUGUGCAGGUGUGAUUUUAUGUGCAGCUGAAAGAGCCACUCAAGUUGCUCUUCAGGCAAUACAGUGUCUUGGGGGUAAUGGGUAUGUGAAUGAGUAUCCAACCGGGCGUUUCCUUCGGGAUGCAAAACUGUAUGAAAUAGGGGCAGGCACCAGUGAGAUCAGAAGAAUGAUCAUUGGGCGGGAGCUGUUUAACAAAGAGUAGUUAAUUACUUGAACAUUUGCCCAUUUGGUAGCAGAAACAACUUCCAAAGAUCAUAUAUUAUUACUAAUAUAUAGUAAGUUUACUCAUAUUUUUUCCGCGUGAGUUAUGUUUGAAUAAUGUUUAAAUAAAGAUUUUUUUUUUCAUUUACUCUAUUGAAGUGUUAAAGAGACUCUGAGAAUAUAGUGUAAUUAAUUAUUAUUUUUUAUCCAUUCUAUCAUAAUCAAAUUUGAGCAUUGUCCAGUUA